AUGUGCAACAAAGAAGUUCUUGUUUGCAAUCUUUGCAAGCAUUUGUGGGCAUGCACUGAAGGAUUAGACUCUGAUGAAUCCUCUGAUCCACCCAGUGUCCCUCAGUCAUCCUCUGUUCUACCCAGUGUCCCUCACGCAUCCUUGUCAACUACCCCACCCAGUGUCCCUCAGGCAUCCUCCUCGUCAACUGCCCCACCCAGUGUCCCUCAGGCAUCCUCGUCAACUACCCCACCCAGUGUCCCUCAGGCAUCCUCCUCGUCAACUGCUCCACCCAGUGUUCCUGAACAAUCCUCCUCAUCAACUGCCCCACCCAGUGUUCCUGAACAAUCCUCCUCGUCAACUGCCCCACCCAGUGUUCCUGAACAAUCCUCCUCAUCAACUGCCCCACCCAGUGUUCCUGAACAAUCCUCCUCGUCAACUGCCCCACCCAGUGUUCCUGGACAAUCCUCCUUGUCAACUGCCCCACCCAGUGUUCCUGAACAAUCCUCCUUGUCAACUGCCCCACCCAGUGUUCCUGAACAAUCCUCCACAUCCUCUGCUCCAGCGAGCACUUCACACAGAACCCCCUCGUCUUCAUCUCUUCCACCCAACACCUCAACUGAAACCCGAAGAGUAGCGACAAUCGAUCUGACACGAACACCGGAUGUCGAAAAUUAUCACACUGUGGAAGAAGUUGUGAAUGGCACAGUUGCAUUGUGCAGAGAAAAUAAUUUCAGUCAUGUUGAAAUCCUGAGGUGUUUUCAGCAGAAAAUGGUAAUUGGAAGAGCCCUUGAAGUGCAAAAUGUAGCUCAGGCAACAGAAGGGGACACUAAUUAUAUAAAUGUUGAUCGCUAUAAUCUCAUGGAGACCACCUUCGAUGAAAUUAUGUUCCUGGAAGAAUACAGGAAAACAUUACAAGUUCAAUUUUAUGGCGAG